CCUUUUCAAGGACAUGUCCAAGGGAAUUGAUUCUAUAACGAAGCUGGAAAAGCUGGUCCAGAAAACGUCAAAUUCAGUUAAGCUUAGUAAGCUUAUCCAAGACGCUCGGCGGUUUAUCAUAUAUCACAAGGGAGUAAUUAAGCAAAGUCCGCUUCAGGCAUAUGCGUCUGCACUCCUGUUCAGCCCAGAAGGUAGCAUAAUCAGACGCCUUUUCAAGGAAGAAGAGCCGAGGUGGGCAACAAUAAAACCGGCCGUUGGCAAUGUAUGGAGUGCUUGCCUGCAGACGCUCGAGGGCUAUAGCGGCUCUGUUAGGUCAGUAACCUUCUCUCCCGACUCGACCCGGCUGGCGUCGGCGUCGGGUGACAAGACCGUCAAGAUCUGGGAUCCGACCAGCGGCAACUGCCUGCAGACGCUCGAGGGCCAUAGCAGCUCGGUUAACUCAGUAACCUUCUCUCCCGACUCGACCCGGCUGGCGUCGGCGUC